AUCACUCUUCGGUCUACUUCCAGGCGCAAAAGACGUAUUCUCUCCUCGUGACGUUUUACGCAUUCACUUUCGGUGUCAAAACAAAGGAAAGUUGUCAAUUAUUUAGUUUUGGGCACGAAAACACGCGUGUUUACGUCGUGAAAAAUCAAAUUGGUUUUCGCGAGUGUUUUUCCCCCGCAAAUUAACGAACUUUUCCACGAAAUCCGGGUGUUUACACAGCUCAUUCAUAUCCCCCAAAUGGAUGCGGAAACAAUUCCAGCUGUGGAGACCGAUAAUAGGAAGCCCUACAAGGUGAAGGACGUCACGAGGAAUAUAAAGAAAGCCGUCGUAGCGGCUACAUUGGAAGAAGUUAAAGCGAAAGCAGCGGAAAAAUUUGGACAACCGGCGGAUACACUCCCAACGAUUCAUUUAGAUUCAGAUGGGACAGAAAUUGAUGAUGAGGAGUACUUUCAGACACUUGAACCCAAUGCCGAAUUAAUUGCCGUCUUCUCCGGAGAACAAUGGAUGGAUCCCACGCACUACGUAACAAUAACAACCCGUCGUGAUUCAGCAGACAGCACCGACUGUGCCGACGUGGAGCGGGUGCAUUUGAAAAAGUUGGUGGGUCAGCUAAGGAAUAAUUUAUGCAGCGUGUCUGUGCUGAGUGAGCCAGAUUUGGAAUUACUCUCAAAUAUGGAUCCCAAUUCACUGGCAGACAUCACGGGCAAGGACUUCAUUGAGCAACUCAAAGAGGCAUCAGGCAGGUUAGGGGGAGGGACCGGAUGGAGUGGUUAUCCUCCCCAUCUUGACAGUCUCAAUGUUCUUUUAUUUUCUCUAAUCUAUUUAUUACACCUUCCUCAAUAUUUGGCGAAAAGAAAUUCCUCCCAACUCAUUUUCACCAAAUGCACCAGCAUGAGGCUCUUUUUAGAAUUGAAAAUUUACCCUAUUUUCUCAUUUUAUUUUGUAGAUUUGAGAUUUUUUAAUAAGCAUAAAGCAUGAAAAUUAUUUGAAUGUUCUCAUUACAAAUUUUCCAUCAAUUUUCCAAAAUAUUUUGCCGUUUUUCCUGUACAGCUGAUUUAAAACACUAAAGGGUUAAAAUGAUCAUUCAGAUAUUAAUUAAGCUAAAACAUCCCAGUGAUUUUAUUAGCCCCAUGAAUGUUCAAAUUAUGGAAAAUGCAAAGUUUUUUGAGAAAGUCCAAAAUAUCACAUUUGUCGUCAAGAGUCAGACAAAUUGAGGAAAUAUACAGCUGGAAAAUUUCAAUAAAAAAACAAUAUUUAAAAUCUUUAUGCAUGUUCCAGGAAAAAAAAUAGUGAAUCAUUUUACCCCACCAUUAAAGAUACUGUUUGCGAAAUUUCCUAAAUUAUACGCGAUAAAUUACACUUUAUUACGGAGCAAGCACGUUUACCUUGACUUCUAAAUCCUAUCUGUCAUUUUUACUGCCAAAUCUGUUCCUUUUUCCCACAAUUCCUUGUUUUCACCACUCAAAUUCACCACUUCGAGUGCGCGCCAAAUUCAAAUAUUAUUUUAUUUCAUAAGUUAUCCGAACAGAUAUUUUAUUUUUUUAAUAAAAGAAACAAAGGGAACAAAGAAAAAAAUAUUCCAUGAAUAAGGAACUAUUCAAAUGAUUCAAACUCAAUUUAAACUUUCCAGUGGUAUAGUGUUUCAAAAUAAAUCAUAAGGGUUUGAAGUUUUCCCUGUAAAAUGGAAUAAUUAACAAGUUUUUGAGGUUGUAACCACAUAUUAAAGAGCCCUUUGAUGGAAACGACCAAUUUUCACCUCAUCUUAAUUAAAUUUCUCCUCAAUUUUACUCUCUAAAAUUCAUUUUCAUUCUUGCGUGAAAAAUUUCGUCCCAUCCACGAGCUUUUUCGCGCUUUUGAUGUCUCUCUGAGUACAUACAGAUCCCAUUUUUUGGGAGAAAGUUCAAUUAAUAGGUAUGGGGGUACCUAUCUACUCAGCAAACUUCCCAAAUGAUUCUGUCUCAUCUUCACACUUUUCUAUUAUGAUGACGGAAAUGAGAGAAGAUAAAUUGUUUCCAACAUAUAAGAAAGAGUUUCAAGAGACGUCAGCAGUGUGCAAGAGAGCGGGCGCAAUAAAUGAAUCGGAAAUUGCCAGUAUUUUGGAAAAGAUGCUGAGUAUUAUAUAAAAUAAUAAUUUAUAAUGUGAAGCUCAUGAGGGAGUUUCAUACAAAAUUCGCCUAUUUCACUUUUUAACUAUAUAUACAGCAAAAAGCUCUUUUAGUUUUGCAAUUCAAUUCAAUUUUAAUGACUUUCAAUUAAAAAAAAAAUAACAUAGAACAUUGUUUUUUAGACAUUAUUAAUGUUGCAGCAAUUUAAUUAGAAGUUCUGAAUGAAAUAAUUUAAGCUUGGAAAUACUAUUGAUGUGUUGGAAUAGAAAUUAAUACCAAUGCAGAAUUUCAUUUAAUUUUGGAAAAUAACAUUAAUUUCAGCAUCAAAUCAAAUUAUUUGACAGAAACAUUGAUUUUUUGUAGCAUUUUUAGUGCCGAAUUUUUAUUUAUUUAUUUUUUCAUGAAUGUAAUUAAAUCUUGAGUUCAAAAAUUUGAUUUAUGUAUAAUUCUGUCCAUAUAGGUAGGUACCUAUGUUUUUUACUGUAACAAAGUUUAUAAUUUGUAAAACAAAAAAUUAUGGAAGACUGGAACUACACGUUCCCAUAAAAUUCAGAAAAUUAAAAGAAAAUUAUUUUCGCGAUAAAAAAUUACAUAAAAGUGGAAUUUUUAAACAUAAUAAAACACAUUUAAAUUUAGAAAGAGAACGACAAACAUUUUUAAUUAAAGUGUCAAACGUUAAAAAAAAAACAAUGUCAAACUUCAGAAAUAUCAAAAGGAAGUUGUCAAACGUUGGAAAAUGCAUUUACAAAUCCAUCUUCAAUGAAAGAAUUUAAAGCAAAAGUAAAAUAUAGAAAGAAACAUUAAGUGUUACAAAAUGAAGUUUUAACUCAGAAAUACCAACAUAAAUUUAAAAAAAUUUAUUUCUUUUUAUCCUGAUAAAAUUGAGUUUACUAAACCUCAUGGAACGUUCAAAUUUAACGUAAUUUUUCUUCAUUAGUAAAGCAUAUUUAUCUCUAAUGAAAUAAUACUGAUGUACUGCUGAUUUAGAUGUAAAAAUUAGUACAAAAUAGCGUGGCUAACGAGGAAAAAUUUCUCAAUUAAAUUGUUUAUCGACUUCUCAGAAAAAAA